AUGGUGAACCUCCCAUAUUUGAUAGCACAAAUUAUGCGCAAUUCCACGUUGUUUCUUAUUUUAGGGCUAUGGGUCCUAAAAUAUGAAAAGGGCCCAUAUCCGUACACCACACGGCCCGGCCCACGGUUUCAUCGAGCCACGGGUCGUGUCGACUCCAACUCCGAAGCGACGGCGGCCGUGGCGACCCAAGAAUCAUCGCCGCCGACGGCGGCGGCGGAGGAGGAGGAGAGGCCAUCGCCCUCAGCCGCGCCGGGUCCGCCGAGGGGCCUCGGGGGCUACGCCGUCGGCACCAUCCCGACCCUCGGCUACAUCCCCGGCUUCAUCUCCGGCUCCGAGCAGUCCCAGCUGCUCCACCACAUUUACCAGGCGCCGGCGCCCAAGUGGAAGUCUCUCAAGAACCGGAGGCUGCAGAACUGGGGAGGUGUGGUGCAUGAGAAGGGGCUACUGCCGCAGGCGUUACCUUCAUGGCUAACAAAGAUAACUGACCGAAUCUGUCAAUGGACUGGUUUGUUUCCUUCAGCAAUCAAUCAUGUUUUAAUCAAUGAGUAUCAUCCAAAUCAAGGGAUCAUGCCACACCAAGAUGGCCCUGCCUACUUCCCUGUUGUUGCUAUAAUUUCUCUUGCUUCACCAGUUGUGAUUGACUUCACACCUCAUAAAAGGCUUAAAGGGGAGGAAUUUACAGAUCCCCAAAAUUCACACUCUGGAGAGUCACAGACAGCUACAUCAGAGAGCAAUGGUUCCCAUAAGCUUGAAGGUGCAAAUGAAGCUGAGCCUACUUCUUCAUCACUUCUCCUAAUGCCGUGCAGCCUGUUGGUAUUCAAAGAUCAGGCUUAUACAGACUACCUGCAUGGCAUACAAGAUAAUGAGCUACAUAACCUAGACAAGGUCGCCAAUAUGUCUCAGUCAGAAUUCAAACAUCUAAAUUCUGGUGGUAAUCAGGGGAAGGCAGACGAAUCUUGCAGCCUCAAUCAAAGUGGUGUCUACCGCAGGGCUGCGACGAGGGUCUCGUUAACAUGUCGGCUGGUGUUGAAAGUUCACAAGAAGCUGUUCAAAAUCUAGUCUUUUUUUUUCCUCUAGUUUGUAUUUUUACAAGAAACAGUUUUAGAGUAUUGUAAGAGCUACCUUUGACGGUAUGCUAGUGAACGAAGAUGUGCACGUAGAAACCAGAGGAAAUGGCCGUGCCUGCAGGCAUGUAACCGAUCAUUUUGCAUGUACAGAUGUAAACUUUGUUUGCUUUCCUAAAAGAAUUAGUAAUAUUUUUGGAUGUUGGAA